AUGUUUAACUUGACUGUGGGCGCGAUCGAUGCAAUAAAUAACGGCAAAAAUGUUGAGGAGCCAGUUCUCAAACUAUUGGGGUUUAAAAGUGUCCCAGGUGGUGGCGGUGGUCAGAAUCGUUAUCGGUUACUGCUCACCGACGGCGUAAAAACUCAUUCAUUCGCCAUGCUCGCUACACAGUUAAACCAUUUGAUUGAUGAAAACAAACUGGUCAACAAUACUGUAAUCCGCGUUAGGAAACAUGUUUGUAAUAACAUCCAAAAUAAUAAAGUUGUUCUUAUCGUUUUGGACCUUGAUAUACUUGGAACGGAUGAUUCGUCAGGUGGUUUGAAAUCCGAACAGCCACCCACGGUAGCCAAACCAGCCACGACCACAUCUCAUUCAAUUGAACCUGAACAGAAAACUCCACCCAAAUCUUCUACUGGUCCUUUCUCUGGUGGUCAACCAAGUACUCCUGGAACACCAGGUUGUGGGCUCCCACGUGUAUUUCCCAUACAAAGCCUCAAUCCGUAUCAGAAUAGAUGGAGUAUACGUGCUCGUGUAUCACAGAAAUCAGCUAUCCGAACUUGGAGCAAACAAGGUCGUGAUGGAAAGCUAUUCAACUUUACACUAGUUGAUGAAAGUGGUGAAAUCCGUGUAACUGGAUUCAAUGCUGAAGUGGAUAAAUUUUAUGACAUGAUUGAGGUCAAUAAAGUGUACUAUGUCAGUCGAGCAAAUUUGAAAGCCGCUAAUAAACAAUUCAAUACAACUAAUAACGAUUACGAAAUGACACUUCAUAGCGAUAGUCAAGUGUUGCCUUGUGAGGAUUCAGAUACCAGUUCUUUACCAGAAACUCACUUCAAUUUUAUUUCAAUAGGAAAGUUAGAUACGCAAUCUCCUGGAUCUUUUGUUGAUAUUGUUGGAGUUGUACAUGAAUGCGGUGAAGCACAAACAAUUACUGCCAAAGCAUCUCAACGUGAACUACGUAAACGUGAAUUAGGAUUAGUGGAUAGUUCUAACUGUUUAGUACGCCUUACACUAUGGGGUGAAGAAGCGGAGAAUUUCGAUGGUGCAAAUCAUCCUGUCAUAGUUAUAAAAGCAGCAAAAAUAUCUGAUUUUAAUGGUCGCUCUCUAUCUGUAAGCCCAACAUCAUCCCUUCUUAUUAGUCCUACAAAUAUUCCUGAAGCUAUACGACUAAAAGGUUGGUAUGAACAUGAAGGUCGCUACUCUAACUUUGAAACCUUCCGUAGUGAAAUGGUUGGAUCUUCAGGAGGAGCAGAUGGUGUAUCUAGUUCGUCUGGUGUUCUUGGAGGUUGGAAUCUUUUGCAAGAUGUCAAAGCAUCUGGUGUGGGAGCUAAUGUAAAAGCAGAUUAUUUCACUUGUAAAGCCACUGUUGUAUUCAUGAAAAAGGAGAAUUUCAUGUAUCAAGCUUGUUCUACUGAAGGAUGUAAUAAGAAGGUGAUUGAUUUAGGCAAUGGGCUAUAUCGAUGUGAAAAAUGUGCUCGAGAAACACCUGAUUGUAAAUGGCGCUUGCUUCUUAUGGCCAAAAUUGCUGACGUCACUGGAGAUUUAUGGGUUACAUGUUUCCAAGACGCUGCUGAAGUUUUACUGGGACAGACAGCUGAAAAGUUGGGCACUAUAAAGUCAACACAAGAUGAAACACAGUUGGAAAAAGUGUUCAUCGAGUCAGCAUUCAACUCAUGGAUAUUUCGUUUACGAGCUAAAGUUGAUCGUUAUAAUGAUGAAGAACGUUUACGUGUUGUUGUUGCAGAUGUUAAACCGAUAGAUUUGAUUGAUUAUUCUAGGCGUUUAUUGAAAGCCAUAAAUGAUCUAUCAGCAACUUUAUCUAUUCAGUAA